AUGAUAGAGCAGUGCCUGGCGGAAGCAGAUUCGCUCAUUCGCUACGGCGGCGCUUUCGCCAUUGGCCUUGCCUACUGCAACACGGGAAAGGAAUCGGCAGUGAAGCGUUUGCUGCACAUCGCCGUCUCCGACGUCAGCGACGAUGUGCGCAGAGCGGCGGUUUUGUCUUUAGUGUUUGUUUUGUGUUCUCACAAAGAAGAGCUGCUGCGGAUUGUGCUGCUGCUGUGCAGCAGCCACAACCCCCACGUGCGGCAUGCUGCUGCUGUUGCUGCUGGGGUUUCUCUUGCUGCUAGCGGCAACAAAGAAGCAGCAGAUGCUCUCCAAACCCUAACAGCAGAUCCCGUCGACUUCGUGCGCCAAGGCAAGCGCCUGCAGUGGUCAGCUUAG